CCUGCGGUGCGCAUGCUCGGGUUUUGCAACCGGCCAGGCCGCGCAGGCCCAGCGCCCCAGGGUCUCAGCUGCAGGACAGCGGCAGAGCCGCGUAACCGGGGGCCGGCGGUGGGGAGCCGGCCUUGCCAGCCGGACCUCCGGGAGGUGCCCCUCAAAGGAGAGCGGCGAGGCUGGGGGUGCUGCAGGCCCAGGCUGCGAGCUGGCAAGCGGGCGCUCCCGGGCCAAGUCCCGCCUGUUCCGCGACGGCCAGUGGGCUGGUUUCCUGCGCGUUGUGCGCCUCCCCGCCUUCCUCUCCUUCCCCUUCCCUUCCUCCUCUUCUCCUCCCUCCCCUCCCGCGCUCUCUCUCUCUUCCCUCCCUUCCUUCCUUCCCCCGGCAGCAGGAGCCGCAGCAGCCACACCAGCAGCCCGGAUCCCCUGAGCCAUGGCUGUGUGAGAGCAGCACAUGGCGGCCGCAGCAGCCAUGAACCCACCACUCAUCAACACAACUCCCCCCUGAAGAGCCGCCGUGCAACUGCAGCCAGCCCACCCAGCAAACCACCCACCCACCCAGCUUAGUUGAGGCUCCAUCACGUCCCACGACUCGCAACUACUACUACUACUACUACAGCAGCAGCUGCUACUACUGCCUCGCCCGGACGGACGGCAGCCCCCCCUCUCCCGCCAGCCUGCUCGUCCGGUUUCCCCCGACAUCAGCAGCCCGUUCAGUGCCCCCCUCCUCCCCAGCCGCCGCCAUGGGAGUGCAAGGUUUUCAGGACUACAUCGAGAAGCACUGCCCCAGCGCCGUGGUGCCGGUGGAGCUGCAAAAGCUGGCCCGGGGCAGCCUGGUCGGGGGCGGCCGGCAAAGGCCCCCCCAGACCCCGUUGCGCCUCCUCAUCGACGCCGAGAACUGCCUACACCGGCUCUAUGGCGGCUUCUACACGGACUGGGUGAGCGGCGGGCAGUGGAACCACAUGCUGGGCUACUUGGCGGCCCUGGCCAAAGCCUGCUUCAAUGGCAACAUCGAGCUCUUCGUCUUUUUCAACGGCGCCCUGGAGAAGGCCCGGCUGCACGAGUGGGUCAAGCGGCAGGGCAACGAGCGCCAGACUGCCCAGCAGAUCGUCAGCCACGUCCAGAACAAGGGCACCCCGCCGCCCAAGGUCUGGUUCCUGCCGCCCGUCUGCAUGGCGCACUGUAUCCGCCUGGCCCUCAUCCGCUUCCACAUCAAGGUUGCACAGAGCAUUGAAGACCACCAUCAAGAAGUAAUUGCUUUUUGCCGAGAAAAGGGUUUCCACGGCUUGGUUGCAUAUGAUUCAGAUUAUGCACUGUGCAACAUCCCUUACUAUUUCAGUGCCCAUGCCCUAAAAUUGAGCCGCAAUGGAAAAAGCCUCACGACAAGCCAAUACCUGAUGCAUGAAGUUGCCAAGCAACUGGACCUGAAUCCAAGUCGGUUUCCUAUUUUUGCUGCUCUUUUAGGUAAUCAUGUUCUACCAGAUGAAGAUUUGGCUUCUUUUCAUUGGAGUUUACUUGGUCCAGAACAUCCUCUAGCCUCUCUUAAGGUGCGAGCACACCAGUUAGUUUUACCGCCUUGUGAUGUAGUGAUCAAAGCUGUAGCUGAUUAUGUCCGGAAUAUUCAGGACACCUCUGAUUUGGAUGCCAUAGCUAAAGAUGUUUUUCAGCAUUCACAGUCUCGAACAGAUGACAAGGUUAAACGAUUUAAGAGAGCAGUUGCAUACUAUUCAGCAACAAAUAAGCCAAUGGCAUUUCAUCCAACCCACUACCUAGCUAGACCAAAUCAGUUUGGAAUGCCAGGUAUAGUGCCACCAUAUGUCUCUUCUCAGAUGCUAAACAUUCCACAGACCCCUCUGCAAGCAAAACAUGUGUCCCAGCAUAUGUCUAGUCAAGGUAGUGCCCAAGGUCCAGGUCCAUACCCAUAUAACCUCUCGGAAUCAGCCAUCACCUUGGACGCAGGUGGAAAAAAUCUUUCUGAGCAGAACAACUACAGUAACAUUCCCCAUGAAGGAAAGCAUACACCAUUAUAUGAACGAUCCUCUCCGAUAAACCCAGCUCAAAGUGGGAGUCCCAAUCACGUGGAUUCAACAUACUUUCCUGCCUCUUCUGCAUCUUCAUCCUCAGACAAUGAUGAUGGAAAUGGAAGUGCUGUGAAUCAUGUUGGAGGGAACAAAUUGAGUUGGGAAAAAAGCGGAACCCAGUCAGAAAAUCAAGCUCGUGGGGAUCCAGAAGACCAAACAAAGGCAGAAGGUUCCUCUACUGUUUCUUCAGGCAAACUGGCAGCUGAAGUUAAAGGGAACCAAACCAGUAGUGCACAAAUCCCAUGUCUGUUAUCAAUGCCCACCAGAAACCAUAUGGAUAUUACCACUCCUCCAUUACCUCCUGUAGCACCUGAAGUAUUAAGAGUGGCAGAACACAGACAUAAGAAGGGGUUAAUGUAUCCUUACAUCUUUCAUGUUUUAACCAAGGGUGAAAUCAAAAUUGCAGUUUCUAUUGAAGAUGAAGCAAACAAAGACCUGCCUCCUGCUGCUCUUCUCUAUAGGCCAGUUCGCCAAUAUGUGUAUGGAGUCCUGUUCAGUUUGGCAGAAAGCAGGAAAAAAACCGAGAGGCUGGCUUUUAGAAAGAACAGACUUCCUCCAGAAUUUUCACCAGUGAUAAUUAAGGAAUGGGCCGCUUACAAAGGAAAGUCUCCCCAGACUCCUGAGUUGGUAGAAGCUCUUGCGUUUAGGGAAUGGACUUGUCCAAAUUUGAAGAAACUGUGGCUGGGGAAAGCAGUGGAGGACAAGAAUCGAAGAAUGAGGGCAUUCUUGGCUUGUAUGAGGUCAGACACACCAGCAAUGUUAAAUCCAACUAAUGUGCCCACUCACCUUAUGGUGCUCUGUUGUGUAUUAAGAUAUAUGGUGCAAUGGCCUGGGAUUCGAAUACUUCGUCGCCAGGAACUUGAUGCUUUUCUGGCUCAAGCUUUAUCUCCAAAACUGUAUGAACCUGACCAACUACAAGAACUUAAGAUUGAAAAUCUAGAUCCUCGAGGGAUUCAGUUGUCUGCUUUGUUUAUGAGUGGUGUUGAUAUGGCUUUUUUUGCCAAUGAUGCUUGUGGUCAGCCAAUUCCUUGGGAACACUGCUGUCCGUGGAUGUACUUUGAUGGGAAGUUGUUUCAGACUAAGCUCAUCAAAGCAAGCCGGCAAAAAGUUCCUCUCAUUGACCUCUGUGAUGGUCAGGCUGAACAAGCUGCCAAGGUGGAAAAGAUGCGCCAGAGCAUCCUUGAAGGCUUACAUUUUUCCCGGCAGAACCAUCCGCUCCCUUUCCCUCCUCCACAUGCCAUGCCUUUCUAUCCAGCUUCUAUGUAUCCUCGGCAUUUUGGGCCAGUUCCACCACCUCAGGGCAGAGGCAGAGGCUUUCCUGGAGUUUAUGGCUUUGGAGGCUCUUACGGGGAAGCAAUAGCACCAGGCGCUUAUCGGGCCUUCCGUAUGACUGCUGCAGGAGGACACCCUGGAGCUUUCUCCUGCGGUGACAGCAACAGGACUAGCAAGUUUCAGGGCGGAGUCCAACCUAUUCCUUCUCAGGGAGGGAAACUCGAAAUAGCCGGCACUGUGGUUGGCCACUGGGCUGGAAGCAGACGUGGCCGAGGAGGGAGGGGGCCGUUUCCUCUUCAGGUGGUUUCUGUUGGAGGACCAACAAGAGGGCGUCCUAGGGGAGUUAUUUCCACUCCAGUGAUAAGAACAUUUGGAAGAGGAGGAAGAUACUAUGGGAGAGCUUAUAAGAACCAGGGAACAAUUCAGGGCAAACCUCCUUAUGCUGCUUCAGCAGAAGAAGUGGCCAAAGAACUUAAGUCAAAAUCAGAGGAAUCAAAGUCCUCUAUUGUGUCUUCGGAAGGAUCCCUGGCUGAAAAUGGAGUAGUGAAUGAGGAGAAACCAGCUUCCCAGAUGAAUGGGAAUACAGCAGACGUCAGGGCUUCCAACCAGUCUGAAAGUGCCUUGAGUAAUGACUCUAAAAUGUGCAAUACGAAUCCUCACUUAAAUGCACUAAAUGCAGACAGUGCUUGCCAUAAAGAUGAUGCUCUUGAGGCCACUGUCUUAAAAAAAGAAGAGUAAACUUAUUUUUUAUAGAGGGUGAAGGAUGUUGGAAGGGUCAGGAUUAGGAAUAUCUGGGAAGAACGAGAGCCUACAGUUACGUACAUUUUUUCCUUUCCGUAAGAGAAAAAUGAGGACAUUGGAAAUUCGGAUCCCUCUUGGAUGUCAGAGAUUUAAUGAACACAUUUUUUAGUUUUAACCAGUUGUAGUCAAUGCUACAAUACAACAAAAAUGAAAGCGAAUGAAGAGCAUUUGACUCCCUCACUUAAAAUGAAGUAUACACAAAGUUUAAACUGGUUAUGACAAAAGCUUGUAGUUUUUGUUUCUUGAAAUAUAUUAAAAAAAACAAAUUUUGGCAGUCUUUCAGUAUAUAUAGCUUAAAUAUAAUUUUUAGUACUUGGCACCAUAUGUAUGCCAUUAUAUUUGAUUUUGCAUUACUGUAUCACAAAGCUUUCUUUAAGGCUUUGAUUUCAUGAUUAUGGGGGGAAAGGCACAACCACAGUUCUUUCUUUUCUUAGAUUUCAUCACUGUUGAUGUGGUUAUUUUUAUGUUUAAAAUGUGCAAAACUCAAAACAAAAAAAUAGAGAGUAAUAUUGGAGUUCUGAUGAUUUUAAAUAUCCAUCACACGUUCUUUACAAGCAAGUUAAAAGGAUUUAACUUGAAAAUCAUAGAAGGUGCAAAUGACCUUUUCAAAACAAACACAAUGUGUUCGGAUACUUUUUGUGACUAAUACCAUGCAUCCGUGAUCAAUGAACUAUGUGGUUUUUAAUCAGACGUAGACCAUUAGUACUACUAUUUGAGCUAAACUUCUGCAUGGUUCAUAAUUUUUAAAGUGUGUAGUUAAUAUUAUGCAUGUUAUUGUCCUUUCUUCCAUUCUUACAAGUACUGUGCCCAUUUGCAAAACAAAAAAAAGCUAAUAAUCAGUAAUAGUCCUAUAAAAGAUGUUAACUAUGUUUAGUCAUUGACUGAUCUUGCUCUAACCUUAAAAUUUUGUGAUUAUUGACCUCUGUUGCAUUUAUUCUAAAACAAAAAAAAAUUAUCUAGCCGUUUUGAAUAUCAACGUUACCCUGGUGUACUCAUUGCUGUAUGCAUUAUUGUUCUCUGUUGCUGUUUUAUGCCUUCAUAUUAGCAAAUAUGAAACUCUGUGGAAAAACAAAAAAAAGCUUUGAUCUUCAAGAGAUACCCCCCUUCUGUAGCAGGAAACAAAUGGCUUGUUCUUGAGAACUUUCCCAUCAAGAAUUUAGUAUAAGCAAAUAUACCUGUAUCAUUUUGAUGUUUUUGUUAGUGUUUCCAGACUUAAUGUACUUCAAAAUCAGAAUCAUUUCUUUCUAUUCGUUUUCAUAUAAUUCUCCUGAUGCUCUUCAUCACACAUUAGUGAUCAGAAAUGAGGUGUAAUUCCCCAUUCCCUGCCCGCAAGAGCUAAGUAGGUAUCUUAAUGUAAGUUGAAGGGAGUUCUGCCCCAGCUCAUGGAUUGUGCAAGAAUGAACUACUGUUGGGUUUGAUUGGUUGUCGAUGGAUUGUGGUGUGGUGUAUUUGAAGGCUAUUGAAUGCAACUUACAAUGCUUAAUAAAAAUCUUUAUUCUUUUAGUAUAAAA